AAAAGCAAGAUGCACGAACCAUGAUGGUGCGAGUCCUUCCGACUCGCGAACGACGAGGCCGUACUUGGUGUCGCUGUCUAGUCUUUAGAGUAUUCCUCGUCUUGACGCUCUUGUACGGAGUAUUGCAACGCAAUGCGACGCCCUCAACGGAAACAUCCUCGAGCCGGACGGACGUGCCGCACCAACGAGCCAUGCCCGGCAUCGUCCUCACGUCAGUGGUUUCCAGUCUCGACGCUUUCCAACCAACGCAAUCCCAGAAGUUGCCCACAACAAACACCACAAUCUGCAAUGCCAAAGGAUGUUGGCGCAACACGCAGUUGCCCACGACUCGGGGUAGCCAAAGUCCGCCGGUGGCCGCUCCGGUGUGGUACUGGAACUACCAUGCGGUCCUUGCCGCGCACACGGGGCGACAAUCCAGUCGCAUCCUGGAGUUGCGUUCCAUCGAUUCUCGGCAUCGGUUACCGCCUAUCGCGUACGAGAACGUGACGGCCUUUCUCGACGCGGCGGUCCCUCCGCUCGACGACGAGCGCUGGUGGCGAUCCGAGGGCACCAAGGAACUCUUGUUUACCUACAACCCUUCCAUUCUCCACGACAGCCGUUUCUUGGCGUCGUUUCGUGUUUCGAACCAAAAUUAUUGCUUCCAUCCCUACGAUCGACAACGACUGCAACCGACCGGGACCGGAAGCAAACGGAUGACCGGCACUAAUCAUUUGGGUCUCGCCUUGUUGGACGCCAACUUGCGGGUGCUUUCGGACCAAGUGGUGGACGUAUCGCAUAUAUUCCACACCGUCGAAGACUUUCGUUUGGUCCGCAUCGCCGACGACCUCUACCUUUCCAGUUUUGAUGAGAUUGUGCCCUUUUGGCUCUGGUCGUCUACGUCGAUCAGGGACGGUAGCAGUACUACACCCACGGUACUCCCAACUACUGUGUUUCCACCAUUGCACUGUAAAGACAACGGUGACAAGGCACGUUUGUUCGCAUCCACGCCGCCGUGGUCCAUUGCAAUUCGCGACUACACAUCCUGUGCUCCCUGCGGGAAAGUAAAGACGACGAGUCGACGAGUCGCAUCGUGUGGUAAGAAUUUCAAUUACUUUGCGGAUCCUCGCAGUGGCGACAAGAAUCCGUCAACCUCCGUGCGCGUGGAAAUUUGGCCGUCGGCACCGCACAUUGUGCGGACGGUUCAACUCGAGAAAUCCUGUGAUCGAAGGCCAGAGCCCGUCAGUAUUGUGACCGACUUCGACCCGCCACCGUCGUUCGCCACGCUUGAAGCCCUGUACGGACCACCGCAUGGUGAGCAGAUUUUGACCCGGGGUCGGGGUGGUGCCUGCUGUAUUGACCUGAACCGCACGCUGGCAACGACCAGAGGCUUGACAACACAGAGGCUCUUGGUCGGUAUUCAACACAGCAAAUCACGUCCGCAAACGAGACGACACGCCAAUUCCACUCCUCGCGUCACACCGAACCAUUACCUCUCGCGUUGGUACGCCUUUGAAGCGACGGAACCGUACCGUAUUGUGGCCCAAUCGGGAUACUUUUGUUUCGGGUUCCCCGACGCGACCGACAAUGCCCACGCAAAUAGCGGGAGUAUGCUUGCCGUUACCACAUGGCGUUAUCUGAAGCUAGGCGACCAAAUUCCCAUACCAGAGUGUCCCCGUAUUCAUUUUGUGAGUGGACUGACGCUCGACGUUCGUGACCCUACAAAAGUCGUUGUUGCGUACGGAAUCAAUGAUUGCGUUUCGGGAUUUGUGGCGCUUACCAUUGCGGGAGUGGAGCAGCUCUUGUUUAGGAACGUGUCGGCAUCGGUCAAAGCUGCACGAACCAAACGAUAAGAAAUGCGGGUAGUGUACAAAAAGCUAUAGUGUAAAGGUUUAGUGUCGAU